AUCUUGGCAUCAGACUGGGCUCAAGCAGAGGCUAGUUUUCACCUCUGUGAGGUUCUCUUUAAGGUUCAUAAGCUGUGGAUAGCUGAAGACUGCUGGAUCCAGAGCAGGCUGUAUGUGGGGCUCCAGCAGGACGGUGAGCUGCGGGACAGUGAACUCUUCUGCUUCAGUGUGCUGGUGGGUCACGGACAGAGCUUCUGCUUCAGCGUGGAGCUGGGCUCAGAGCUGGUGCUGUGGGAGAAAGCCUUCCAGAGAGCUGUCUUCAUGGAGGUGCAGAGAGUCCGGUCGAAGAGCUACAUGUGCAGCAGUCAAGGGAAGAUCCUGUGCUUCACACUUGACUUUGAGUCGGGCUUCUCCUGCUCCGACAGCUUCUCAAAGAAAACCAUCUGGAAAUACAAAUUCUCCCAGCUGAAGGGUUCAUCGGAUGACGGCAAGACACGGGUGAAGCUCCUGUUCCAGAAUUCAGAGAAUAAACAGAUCGAAAUGAAGGAGCUGGAGUUUGCGAAUCUGACGGCUGUGCUUCAUUGCAUUCACUCGUUCAUCGCUGCUAAAGUGGCCACGGUGGAUCCCGUCUUCGUCAACAGUCAAAGUCUGACGCAGAAGUACAUGUGCAGCAGCUAGAAACAUCACACAGUCGCGCCUGGUUCUCUGAUUUUAUGCACAAUAUAUCUACUUCUUCUUAUUUUUGUACGAAUCUUCUAAAUUCAGAGCGACGUUUAAGGAGCACUUAGAUGAUAUUUUGACAUGCCUUGAGUUAUGAUUUCUUUCCUACCUACUAAUACGAUCGAUCAUGUGCUUAAACUGAUGAUGUAGCAGAGCAGAUCUGCCCUACAAAGCAAAAAGGCAGUAACUACGCAGAGUGCAGAACUGAGAGAAAUGACUUAAAAGUUAUCAUGUCAUCCAGCCUAAGUAGUUACUGUACAAACAACUACCAUUUUUCUCCAAAACGACACACAUUUCAUAUAAGAUGUAACAAAGGAUGCCUUGAAUGUCAUGAAAAUGACAAUAACUAAUUUUUGACCAAAAACGCAGUUACUGCCUUUUUGCUUUGUAGGGCAGAGAUGUUGAUGCAUGAACUGCAUUUGACAAUUUUCAGAGCGAAACGGGUGAAACGGAGACUUCCAGCUGUAAAAUCAACCACACUAAGAUGACUUUGUGUUCUUUUGCCCUUUGUUUUCUAUCCAGCGACUCAAACCUUUUCAUUUAGAACAAAGAGUAAUAACAGCAAGACAUAUAUAUAUGAUUUUGAUUUAUGAUAAAGUCAGUUCUAACGUUUUUCUCCUUUUGAAUUAAAGUGCUACCAUGUCACACUGAUUUGACACGUGUUAUAAUGAAGUAGUCAUUUCAUUAACAGUGAAUAGACAGUCGUGCAGCUACUGUCCUCCAAAACUGAUCUUUUCUAAAAAGCAAGGUCCCUAAACUAUUGUAUUAUUUGGUUUGAUGUUAUUCCAGUUCUUUUUCUAAAUAAAGGAAUGAUUAGUUCACC